AUGGCGUUUGAACGACAUCUGCAUCAUUCGCAACGAUUAUUCAUGCCUCUCUAUGUCGGCGUAGCAGAGGGCUUGGCGUUUGCCGUUGCUGGUGCUGGCGCUAUGAGUGGCAUUGACGUUACCCCGUCUCUGGCUCGUGGUCCGUGGCUGUGCAAAACAGUACAAACCAAGGCGUCUGGCCGUUUCCUUUUCUCCGCGCAGAUCGCAGUCCUGCCAAUUAUUUGCAUCAUUUCCUUUGUCUUUUCCUCGGCAAUCUCACUUUUCCAAAAGAACGCAGCCGGCAACCAAACCCCUCCCAACCCCCUGGGGGCGAUGCACCGCCCCAGCCAAGACGCCGCGGUGGCCAAGAUGCUGAUCCCUGCGCUGCCCAGCGGCCAAGAACGAUAUUUGAAGAUCUCAAAUGCCCAGACUCGUAUUCUGAGAUUCUUGGCGGAAGCGCUCAAGUCUACCGGACUCGGCCCCGCGAUUGUCAAUGUUCGCUUGCAGGAUCUGUGCUUUUAA